UAUUUAAGUAUUUUGUUUUUGGGAUGGUGACCGUUUCAAAGAAUGUUUUACUUCUUUUUCCUGAUGCUUUACAACAACGGAAAAGUAAUUAGAAUACUUUUUAUAUAAUAGCAUAUACGUCUUUGAAGGUUUUUUUGUUUUCUCUUCAAACUACAUGAAAGAAGACGCAAAUACUUGCAAGUCAAAGAGGGAGAAAAAAAAAACGUUUCAAAAAUAUUUGUUUCCCAAGCUUGGAAUCACACCAAGUGUUUUCUUGAAGUCCAAAUGUUAGAAAAUGAAAGGUUGAAUUCUUCCUUGAAUACCAGCGAGAGAAGAACCAAUAUUUACAAACCAUAGCUAAAACCAUUAUAAAUAAAGACACAUAUAUCUAUUUCUUGCCAGUCUAAAACCAAUUCUUCUUACGUUCCAUUACUGUUUCUUUUUCAAACACGGUUAAAUAAAAAUAGUUCUCAUAAUCUCUGAAUAAUUCUUGUGAUUUAUUUCAUUUUUCUCUUCAGUUCAAAUUUGAUCGAUGCAACGCUUGUCAGUACCUUGUUCUAAACUCGCAUGCACAAGAUACUUAGCAAACCCAACCCUACGUAACCAAAACCCAUGUGAUAUUUUCAUCAAUCAUCGCGGGAUCGAUACCAAGAAGACUAUUUCAGGCCUAUUAUAUGAUCGAUUCACUAGACUAGGUUUGAAUUCUUUUUUGGAUAGUAAGAAUUUAAAGCCUGGGGAUAAACUUUUCGUGGAGAUCAAUGCAGCAAUCAAAGAAUGCAGUGCUGGUAUUGCGGUUUUUUCACCCCGUUACUGUGACUCUUACUUCUGUCUCCAUGAACUCACCAUGCUCAUGGAGAGCAAGAAAAGAGUUAUCCCAAUCUUUUGCGAUGUCAAGCCAUCAGAACUAUGCGUUAAGGACGACAGGACACGUCCAGCUGCCGAGAUUCGGAGGUUCCGGUUGGCUCUCGAGGAAGCAAAAUACACCGUAGGACUCACGUUUGAUACAUGUAAUGGGUAUGCUCUUGGGGUUCAAUUUUUUAUAUAUGGAAUACAUAGUUUCAUUGUUUUUUUUUUUUUUUGAUAACUCUGGUAUCUGGGCAGCCACAUUCCCAACUAUCUCUCCGAAAGGGGUCCAGCGCCCCAACGGAAGAGAUGUUAAAUCUGUUGUGGCCAAGGCUCGAACCCGGGUGACGGGCAGUACAUCUGUACCUCUUUUACCACCAAGCUACGAGCGCUUGGUUCAUAGUUUCAUUGUUUUCUAACUUAUGUUAAACUAAUUAUCGGUAACCUUAAGAGAAUAAACAUAAAUAUAACACUUUUUAUGGCUUUAUAGAACAUUUUCGUUUAUGUAUUUAUAUAAAUACAAACGGAAUAAUGAUUGUGUUGACGGUUCGUAUUUGAAGGUUUACAAAGAAAGUUCAUUAAAAAACUAGAAAUAUGCACUCAUGUAGUACUAAGUAUAGUUUUUGUACACAACGUUUGAAACAGUCAAACAUAAGGCUUAUAAUUCAUUAUUUAUUUCAUAACUAAUAAACUAAUAGGUAGCGCUUAUCUACUUAUAGAAGCUUUAAACAGUAGGAGAACCCCGAUGUCAGCUUAGAAUGCUCUUUGGUUAUAAGAAAACACUUAUGGUCUCUCAUUGAUAAUUUUUUUUUUGAUCAUUGAUUAUUGAUUUUUUUUAUAGUAGAAAAAUCAAUAUAUGAACUUUGAUGCUUGUUGGAAACCCUACAAAGAUAAGUUUGAUAAAACUAACUUAUGCGUAAAACUGUUGUGUAGAGACUGGUCAGAGUUCUUGGCCAAGGCAUCGGAUGCAGUCACGAAGAACUUGUUAGACGUUGAAGAGGCGAGACUACGGAGCAUCAACCCUACGUACAAGCACAUACCUGCAUAGGUCAAUCAAUAAUACAAUAAUAAAUGAGACAUAACAAAGUGUGUUUUAUUUUCUGUUUAUUUAACUUAAUUUGACAGUAGAAAAUUCUUUUAUUAUUUUGAUUUCUGAAUAAUCAUUUUUCAAUUAGCUUCAAUCAUGUAAGAAUUUGAUUAGUUAUAUUGAUUAUUAUU